GAACAUAAAGAGCACAGUUUAUCCUGGGCGAGACUUCAUAAAGUCUGCUUUGGGGAAAGCGUCGGGAAUAAAUUUGCAUAGAGCUUUUGCAUUCAAUCCCCAAUGAAAAUCAACAAAAAUGGACAUAGCACGUGUACAUCAUGAUAACACAUUGACGAUUCUUGAGAAACAGAGGAUCAAACACAAAACCUGGAGGUCCAUUUUACAGCACCGUUUGAAAAGCUCCUCCUUGGCACAGGAAUCAGCCUCAAAGAAAAGGUUUUGCAGACUGUCUAUCGAAGAAAUAAAGCAAUGGGAACUCUCCCUUGAAAGACUGCUGUCCCACACCUAUGGGCAAGCAGCAUUCAAAAUCUUCCUGCAAUCAGAGUUCUGUGAGGAGAACAUAGAGUUUUGGCUGGCGUGCGAGGAGUUCAGAAAGAUCAAAUCUCCAGCUAAGCUCGCCUCCAAAGCCAGCAGGAUUUAUGAGGAGUUCAUCAGGAGCGAGUCCCCCAAGGAGAUCAACCUGGAUUAUCACACAAAAGACUCCAUUACCCAGAAUCUCCAACAGCCAACUUAUUCCUGCUUUGCUGGAGCCCAAAAUAAGAUAUACUGCCUCAUGGAGAACUCCUCUUACCCUCGAUUCAUUCAAUCAGAGUUCUACAAGGACCUUUGCAAAGUGGCAGCGAGAAAAGGAACAUAUCUGAAAGCUUGAACUUAAAUCUGUUGUUGGCAGAUCAUCGAAAAAAGCUUCCAUGUUAACUCACGACCAUAGUGAACUGAACCUGGAACUGACCAUGACUUGAAAAGUAUCUGGGGCUUAGGUAAGCACUAGAACUAGGGUUGCCACUUUUCAAAUAUUGAGAAAGGUCAAACAUGGAUGGUUUACAAUCCUAACUCCAUUUCAACUUUGCACAGUCAUGGCCCUUUGUACAAUCAGUUUUAUUUUUGCUGAACAAUUGUAAAAACAGAUAAAUAUGUUCUGUCGUCCCUAAAUUAACAUUUUUUUUUUUUUAUUAAUACCAAGGCAAUUUGCAUUUGUGUAUUUAUAGAAUGUAUGUAAAUAGGCCAACAAUAAAUGGACAAGUGUUCUUUUUAUAUUCUUGUAAAAUUGUUAAUGUAAAACUAACAUUGUGGGUUGCAUAAUUAGGCAGACUUCAUUGAUGUUGUCACUGACAUGAAAUAAACCUUCUCUUAGUUGCAGCUGGUCUGCAAAAAUAAUUUUUAAAUGAUUCAUAAAGUGUAUGAAUGUUUAUGUGUUUUAAAAACACAAUUUUUUGACAAUCAGCCUUGUGUUCUGAUGCAGUGAUACUGAUGUCAUUUCAAUAAAAAUGAUGCAAAAUGCUA